AUGCAGCUGGGUCAAUAUUUCCUAUUACUUUUCAAUGUGCUACUGGCCUGCACCGCAGUGCUUGCACUAAAACACUCUGGCGGCGACGAUGGGUCCAACCGGAUGAUCCGCUCUCCUGAUGAAGAGAACCAGCCGAUCAUCACCAAUAGAUCUCCUCGAGAACUGCGACGCAUGGAUGGAGGCGAAAACUCCAACCGAUUGUACCGCUCUCCUGACUCGACGCACCCUAUGGAUGGAGGUGAUCACUUCAACCGGAUGAUCCGUUCUCCCAAACCAGAGAGCCAGAAGGACGAUGAUGGAGAAUCUAAAAAAUCUGCCCGGUCUCCUAAACACAUGGGUGGUGGGGAUGACUCUAACCGAUUGUUCCGCUCGGACGGAAUCGAUGGGACAAUCGAACCUCGACUGCACCACAUGGGCGGAGGCGAUGAUUCCAAACGAUUGUUCCGCUCAGACGGAAUCGAACCUCGAAGACUGCUCCGCAUGGGCGGAGGCGAUGACUCCAACCAUCAAUCCCGCUCCGGUGAAUCUAUGCAUCACAUGGAUGAAGGCGAUAACUCCAACCGAUUGAUCCGUUCACCUAAACCAGAGAGCAAGAAGGACGAUGAUGGAGAAUCUGAAAAAUCUGCCCGGUCUCCUAAACACAUGGAUGGAGGUGAUCACUUCAACCGGAUGAUCCGUUCUCCCAAACCAGAGAACGAGAAGGACGGUGAUGGAGAAUCUAAAAAACAUGCCCGGUCUCCUAAACACAUGGAUGGCGGGGAUGAUUCCAACCGGAUGAUUCGUUCUCCCAAACCAGAGAACGAAAAGGAUGGUGAUGGAGAAUCUAAAAAAUCUGCCCGGUCUCCUAAACACAUGGGUGGCGGGGAUGAAUCUAACCGAUUGUUCCGCUCGGACGGAAUCCAUGGGACAAUCGAACCUCGAAGACUGCUCCGCAUGGGCGGAGGCGAUGACUCCAACCAUCAAUCCCGUUCCGGUAAAUCUAUGCAUCACAUGGAUGGAGGCGAUAACUCCAACCGAUUGAUCCGUUCUCCCAAACCAGAGAGCGAUGAUGGAGAAUCUAAAAAAUCUGCCCGGUCUCCUAAACACAUGGAUGGAGGUGAUCACUUCAACCGGAUGAUUCGUUCUCCCCAACCAGAGAGCGAGAAGGACGGUGAUGGAGAAUCUAAAAAACAUGCCCGGUCUCCUAAAUACAUGGAUGGAGGUGAUCAUUCCAACCGGAUGAUCCGUUCUCCAAAACUAGAGAACGAGAAGGACGAUGAUGGAGAAUCUAAAAAACAUGCCCGGUCUCCUAAAUACAUGGAUGGAGGUGAUCAUUCCAACCGGAUGAUCCGUUCUCCCAAACCAGAGGGCGAGAAGGACGGUGAUGGAGAAUCUAAAAAAUCUGCCCGGUCUCCUAAAUACAUGGAUGGAGAUGAUCAUUCCAACCGGAUGAUCCGUUCUCCCAAACCAGAGAGCGAGAAGGACGAUGAUGGAGAAUCUAAAAAAUCUGCCCGGUCUCCUAAAUACAUGGAUGGAGGUGAUCAUUCCAACCGGAUGAUCCGUUCUCCCAAACCAGAGAACGAGAAAGACGGUGAUAGAGAAUCCAAAAAAUCUGCCCGGUCUCCUAAACACAUGGGUGGUGGGGAUGACUCUAACCGAUUGUUCCGCUCGGACGGAAUCGAUGGGACAAUCGAACCUCGACUGCACCACAUGGGCGGAGGCGAUGAUUCCAAACGAUUGUUCCGCUCAGACGGAAUCGAACCUCGAAGACUGCUCCGCAUGGGCGGAGGCGAUGACUCCAACCAUCAAUCCCGCUCCGGUAAAUCUAUGCAUCACAUGGAUGGAGGCGAUAACUCCAACCGAUUGAUCCGUUCACCUAAACCAGAGAGCAAGAAGGACGAUGAUGGAGAAUCUGAAAAAUCUGCCCGGUCUCCUAAACACAUGGAUGGAGAUGAUCACUUCAACCGGAUGAUCCGUUUUCCCAAACCAGAGAACGAGAAGGACGGUGACGGAGAAUCUAAAAAACAUGCCCGGUCUCCUAAACACAUGGAUGGCGGGGAUGAUUCCAACCGAAGUAUCCGCUCUCCUCAACGACGGUCCCACAUGUUUGGAAACGAUGACUCCAACCGAUUGUUCCGCUCGGACGGAAUCCAUGGGACAAUCGAACCUCGAGGACUGCUCCGCAUGGGCGGAGGCGAUGAUUCCAAACGAUUGUUCCGCUCGGACGGAAUCGAACCUCGAAGACUGCUCCGCAUGGGCGAUGACUCCAGCCGAUUGCCCCCCUCGGACGAAAUCCUUCCGGUAAUCGAACGUCAAAGACUGCUCCGCAUGGGCGGAGGCGAUGACUCCAACCGAUUGUUCCACUCGAACGGAAUGCUUCGGACAAUCGAACGUCGAGGCGAUGACCCCAACCGGAUGAUCCGCUCUCCUUUGAAAUAUUUCGAUAGGGACGAACUUGCCUUGCGUAGUCAGUGA